AUGUUGUGGUCGAUCAUUUGCUUCCAGUCUACUUACGAGGAAUUACACACGGUCGGUCCUGGGAGGAUCUUUGCCGUCGCAGGAGGAGAGACGGAGAUGGCUGAUUUGGAUUGCUUGGACCAGGCGUAUAUUCAUCUCGAUGACAAGCGGGAUGUUGUGAUUGAUAUUGCUGAUGGUGCACGUGUCGUUCUGGGGCAGCGGGCGGAAUAUAUGAUGAUGGAGAGAUCAGGGAAGAAUGUUCGUAUUGCCGCCCGAAGGGUCCUUGAGGCGCAAAUUGAUCACAAACGUGACGAUGCCACGAAUUUCCCAAUCGGGCUGAUUUCGCGACCGCUCGAAGAGGAUACCCAAGACCCCCGGCAGAGCAUCGAGGUCUUUACCGCAUUGGGCAAAGCCUUCACCACCUCACCAAUCACAGCCUCGCUCUCGUCCAACACGGUGAAAGGUACCACUCUCUUGCCUCCUCGCGAAUUAAGCCACUUUGAGUUUAGCGUGCUGGUUCACGUGGGAAAGCCGCCGCUUUAG